AUGAUAUUUCACUCCACGGAUUUCGACCUUCAUACCAAUAUGUCGAGCCCCACCCACAUACUAAGCUCGGGUGUAAUCGCAGCAACACAAUCUCUGGAGCUACAGGACAGCACAAAUUAUCAUGAGGAUGAGAGCUCAGUAGAUCUUUUCGGUCUCAUAUCAACAGGUUCGAGCUUCGAGGCGCCUCUACCUGACUUCGAGCCCGACUUCCGUCCCGCAAAUCUGGAAUCGCAGGGAUCCGAACUGCGAGAGCAGCUAUUCAGCUUCGCCACAGACAAUGGAAACGAAUAUGAAAACGAAAACGAAAACAGAAACGACAAUAUCAAUGAAAAUGACAACGACAACAACAGCAUGGACCUCCCAAUGUCUGAGUUUCUUCAGGAUCGAAAUGAUUCGUUAGAAUCAUUUGAUGAAGAGUUUCCAAUGUACCUGGAAACCAUGGAAUUGAACGCAUCUCGCACAAGUUCCUCUAGCUGUGCGGCGGUUAGGCCGCAGCUGGGACGACGAAAGAGCAAUCCCUUCUAUUUGCCCUCAAGACAUAUCAAGAAUAUGAUCUCCAAAGACAAGCAGCGCAAAAGUUGCCGCAAGAUCCAAACAAAUGUGAGCGGGACCGCUUGUAAAGGUGAUGACGAUGUGUCAACAUACCCGCAAAACAGCAAGCCCUUCCUGGAGAGGCGGCAGACUGUUAGUUGA